CUACAAUCCUCAGUUACUCACACAGUGAUACUGUACCCAUUAAUCGACAAUGGCCUCUCCUAGUUUCCCCCGCGUACGAGCAUGUCUCUUCGACAUGGACGGCCUUCUCCUCGACACGGAGGAUAAAUACACCAUCGUGACGAACACAAUCCUCCAGGAAUACGGAAAGCCAUUACUCCCCUGGAAUAUCAAGGCGCAAUUGCAGGGCCGGCCGCAGCCGGAGGCAAGCCGAAUCUUCCACGACUGGGCGAAACUCCCCAUAACUCCCGAAGAAUACCUCAAGAAACAAGCGACCCUCCAAGCCAAACUCUUCCCCGAAUCCGCGCCCCUCCCCGGCGUCGAGACCCUUCUCGCCAGACUAUCCUCGACGAAAGACACGGAGAACCCGGUGCAUCUCGCCCUCGCGACAUCCUCGCAUAGCAAGAACUACCAGAUGAAGACGGAGCAUCUUCAGGAGUUGUUCGAUGUGUUUCCUGCGUCGCAGAAGGUAUUGGGCGAUGAUACGCGGAUUGCGAAGGGACGGGGUAAACCGCUUCCGGAUAUCUAUCUACUUGCGCUGGAGACGAUUAAUGCGGGGUUGAGGGUGAAGGGUGAAGAGGAGGUCAAGCCCGAGGAGUGUCUUGUGUUUGAGGACGCGGUGCCUGGUGUUGAGGCUGGGCGGAGGGCUGGGAUGCGGGUUAUUUGGUGUCCACACCCGGGUUUGUUGGAGGCGUAUAAGGGGGGCGAAGAGGAAGUUUUGGCUGGGGCGACGGGGGAGCAUAAGGAAGAGAAGACGGAUGCGUUGAAGAAGGGGCGGCUGGGGGAUGCUGGACAGGUUGGGACGAUCGGGGAUGGGUGGGCUGAGUUGGUGGGGAGUUUGGUGGACUUUGAUUAUGGGAAGUAUGGGAUUCAGCCGGUGGAGUAGAUGUGGUCGUCUCCAUGUGCUCCGUUUACUUCAUUGCGUACAAUAACCAGAUACCUAAGCAGGUUUCUGUGAGAGGAUAGAUAAAGACACCAAUCUAGAUUUUUGUUUGAUUAAAGUUACAACAAUUUUCCCAACAAUAUCAAU